ACACUGAUUAGAUAGUACUCACAAUUUACAAAUAUUAUGCUAGAGUACUAGACCGACCGACUGAUAGUCAUAAUAUGGAAUUUUAAAUAUGAAUAGUUAAAAACGUAAGACAUUUAAAAUUUAAAGAUUUCAAAUGUUUGUUUAGUUUUAAAUCAAUAAACAAAUUCGCACCUCAAUAUGGAGUCUAGUUUUAAUAUUAAUGGAUCAAACAGGGAUAAUAAUAUUUAUAUUAGUAAGAUUGUUCAUGAACACCCAAUAUUAAAAUCAUUUAUUGCCGGUUCUGCAUCUGGAUUAUUCUCUACAGUUUUAUUUCAACCAUUUGAUGUUGUUAAAACAGUCUUACAAAACCCUAGAAAUGACAAUAAAUUAGGAAUAAUCAAUGCCACAAAGUCAGUUUGGCAGCAAGAAUCGUAUUAUGGAUUUUGGAGAGGACUGUCUCCGUCUCUUGUACGCAAUAUUCCAGGAAUUGCCAUUCAUAUAUCACUCACACAGCUAAUAUAUUCAUAUCUAACAAAAAACAAUCAAACUUCAAUGGUGAAGUCUGGGAUAGCUGGAUUCAGUGCACGAUGUAUUACUGUUUCUGUUCUAAUGCCUUUCACUGUUUUAAAAACUAGAGUAGAAAGUGGUCAGUAUAGCUAUACGACUUUAAUCCGUGGCCUAUCUGAUAUUUAUAGGUUGGAAGGUUGGAAGGUAUUGUGUCGUGGAUGGACACCAACUAUUUUACGAGAUGCUCCAUUUUCUGCAUUAUAUUUUAUGAUUUUUAUCAAAUUAAAAAAUAUACCGUUAUUAGAAGAAUUAGACAACAAACAACCAUUUUAUAUUUUUGGAUGUGGUCUUCUAGCUGGAGGAUUAGCAUCCUGUAUAACUCAACCAUUUGAUGUAAUAAAAACUAGUCAGCAAGUAUCAAAAGAAAAACUUUUUUUAAUUGAUGCUAUUAUUUUAAUUAAACAAAAAUAUGGAAUACUUGGCUAUUUUAAAGGACUGUCUCUUCGAGUUUUAAGACGAUCUUUAAUGGCUGCAAUGACUUGGACUGUGUACGAAAAAUUAUCUUAGAUGAUAUAGAUUAUAAUAUUUCUCAUUUAAGUUAUAAUGCGUCUUAAAUUUUUACCUAU